AAUUAAUUUUAUAAUAUCAAGAACUGCAUUGCUGUAACUGUUCAAUGAUAGAUUUGCAUGAUGUUGAAGAAAAAAUUCUGCUCGUUAAUCUAGUGUCAUCUUUUACAACGUUAUUAAUGGAAGAUAAACAAUGCUGACCUACUAUCUAACGACAAGUGUCGAUGCAAUUUCAAGUGCAUCUUAUCAGGAUUAAUUCAGUGUUUUUAAUGCGCCUUAUGAAACUUUCACGAGCUUGAAAUGUCGGAGGUAAUGUUUGCUCGAUAACAUGAAUAAAUGGUACUUAAUAAUGAGUUUGUUCCUUGUGCAAACAUUUACACGUUGCUCGACAACAGUCUCUAUUAUCUAGGAAAGACACAAUCUUUCAAUUUCAUUUUUAACAACUCACUCUACAUUAUGAUUUCAAUAUUAAGAAUACAGCCGACCCUUCUAUACCAGCCAAUGCGUUACAAUUGAUUAACGACUUAUAUAUGUAAACAUUUCUGCAUCAAAUUCAUUCAUUCGAAGAAGAAAAGGAGAAACGUCGACGCGAUAUAGCGAAUGGAAGCUUGCUUUACUUGCCAUGUGCCCAGUCAAAGUGUGCAAAAGAUAUCCUUCGGAAAGGAACGAUAAAACAGUAAUUUACAAUUCUCUGCGUCAUCGUACGCACACUCGGCGAGGAAAACAGAAGUGUUGCCAUGUAAGGAAGUUAAAAGGAUGCCUACGCCAUCGUUGACCUCAAGUCGAUUGACAUCCUUCUCAAGGAUCGUCAUACGAGUAUAAUAAGUUGACACAAUUUUCAUUGCUCCUAAUUGUAGGAAAAUAUUUCCUGAUUAAACUAAACGGUUGCCUUGAAGAAGCUGCUCUGAGUUUGUGAAAUUUGUAGAGAAAAAAAAAGGGGAGACCUUAUAAAUUAAGAGAGCGCCGUUUGAGACACCGAUGCAACUUGUCAAAAGAAGCAAUCAGGCAGCUCAGGAAGCGAAUGCGAUGCCGAUUAAGCUUUAUUACCGAGAAUAUCCGAGAACGCAGGACGACAACGAACUCGAGAACUCUUACAAAACCGUCGACAGGACAACGUUGAAUUAUUUAAGAAGCCACGAUCCUAAUCUCCCGUAUUCGAUUAACACUUUGCAUCUGCAAAAUCCGUAUCAACCGCCUCAAAUUUUGGAAGGAUACGCGUCACGAGAAAAUUUCAAAGUACGACCAACGCCCUUCAAGAUUAUGUACCGAUCAAAAGAUACAACGCUGAGAUCUAGAUACAAUAAGAAGUCGUUGCUCAAAAAAGAAAGUACUCUAGCGCAAAAUUUGGACCAGGAUGAUGAUAAAAAUUCAAGUAAAUGUGAAAAUCAAUUGCGUUUGAAACAUUUGGAUGUUAAAAACACUAUAAAGCAAUACUGUACGAACAGUAGUCUUCAUGGUUUACGUUAUAUUGGUGACUCAAAUUUAACAAUACUCGAAAGAGUCUUCUGGGUAAUUUCGUUUUCUCUCGCAUUCCUAACCGCCGCUUAUUACAUUUGGUUUCUGUACAGAAAAUGGGUUUCAACACCCAUUAUCAUCUCUCUAAGCCCUGAAUCAGUGUCUCUAAGCGAGUUUCCGUUUCCUUCGGUUACUGUUUGCAAUAUGAACAACGCAAAGAAGAGCGAGGCUGCUCGAAUAAACGCUGGUAACGACGCACGCAAGAAAAUCUUGCUGGACGAUAGAUGCAAUUUUGAUCAUAAUACGAGUCUAAAUCUUGACGACAGCGCAAUCAAUUGGAACAAUAUGCUACAUUUUAUGAUCAACGUAUCUCAAUCCUGUACAGAGAUGCUACAUCUAUGUAAAUGGCAUGGAAAUCUAACUGACUGUGAAAAGAUUUUUAAUCCCACGAUGACCGACGAAGGAAUAUGUUGCAAUUUUAAUUCGGUUCACAGGAAAUACUUGUUUUACAAUCCACGAGACUGGUCCGAUCUGAACAUCACGUUUCCGUUUAACAGCAUCGACUGGAGUCCGGAAACUGGUUACGACGAGAACGUGGCCCCGGAUUCCAUACCAUGGAGACCUUACGGUGCUGGACAAUUCUACGGUCUUACUUUAGUCCUUGAUGCGGAUGUCGGGGAGUAUUAUUGCUCGUCUACUGCCAGUGUUGGCUUCAAGUUGCUGCUGCACAAUCCAGUCGAAACACCGAAGAUCGCAGAAUUCGCGUUCUCAGUGACCCCGGGAGAAGAGACCAGGGUAAUCGUGGCGCCUCGGAUAUCGACCGCCAGUAAGUCGAUAAUAUCCGUUCCCCAGAGGAAGAGGAAGUGCUUCUUCACAUCCGAGAGAAAGUUGCGCUAUUAUAGAACGUACACGCAGAGGAACUGCGUCCUCGAGUGCGAGGCAAAUUUCACGCAGAAGAUUUGUCACUGCGUUCAAUAUUACAUGCCCAAAUCCUCGAACACACCGAUCUGUGAAAAAAAGGACGACACUUGUGCAACGAUUGCCCGCCGAGCAAUGGAAGUGAAGCUUUACGACGAUGACAUUGGUAUAUCUUCUCUGAACGUUUCUGAAACACCUAGUUGUAAUUGUUAUCCAGGAUGCUUUGAGAUCAACUACAGCGUCCAAAUUUCGCAGAGUAAAUUGGUGCCCUCGUUCUCUAUCGCGGAUAACUAUGUGACGAAGGGCAGGGAAUAUUUUACGGAGAACAUGGCAGUGGUUCAUUUGUUCUUCGUCGACUCUCAGUUUACGAAAUACGUGAAGAACGAGCUUUUUGGAUUCACGGAGUUUCUCUCCAGCACAGGUGGUUUGUUGGGACUCUUCAUGGGCUUUAGCUUUCUAUCCUUGGUGGAGAUCAUUUACUUCGCAACACUACGUCUAUGGUGCCGUGUACAAAAGAACAAACACACUCAUAAUGUCCUCCAGGUACAUCCUUUGGAUUCAGGUCAAAAUAUUGUGUACCCCUUUGUACAGUGAUUUAUCAUAAACCAUACGGUAAAUACAGCUUACUAGAU